CGAGGAUUAAAACUUGAGAAAAUUAGAUAUCAAGCACAAAGGGAAGCAAAACCCCAAAUCGUGGAAAGCGCGAAAGAGAAGGAGAGAGAGAUUGCGAGCAAUGGCGCAUCAUCAACCUGCGACCUUAGAAGAAGUGAGAACCCUCUGGAUCGGGGAUUUGCAGUACUGGAUCGAUGAGGCCUAUCUUAAUUCCUGUUUCGCUCACACCGGCGAGGUAAUUUCAGUGAAAGUCAUUCGUAACAAAAUCACUGGGCAGCCAGAGGGUUAUGGGUUUGUGGAGUUUGUGUCUCAUGCAGCAGCAGAGAGGAUUCUUCAGAUGUACAAUGGGACACAAAUGCCUGGGACUGAACAAACUUUCAGGUUAAAUUGGGCUUCUUUUGGGAUUGGCGAAAGGCGUCCUGACGCAGGGCCUGAGCAUUCCAUAUUCGUGGGGGAUUUAGCUCCCGAUGUCACGGAUUACCUCUUGCAAGAAACCUUCCGGGUUCAAUAUCCAUCCGUCAGAGGAGCGAAGGUUGUGACUGAUCCAAAUACGGGGCGUUCAAAGGGAUAUGGGUUCGUUAAAUUUUCUGAUGAGAAUGAAAGAAAUCGUGCUAUGACUGAAAUGAAUGGUGUCUAUUGCUCGACUAGGCCCAUGCGUAUUAGUGCAGCAACACCAAAGAAGACCACUGGAUUUCAACCGCAGUUUGCUGUCGCAAAAGCUGUAUAUCCAGUUCCAGCCUAUGCCACUCCACCUGUGCUUCCGGUUGAUAAUGACACUAAUAAUACAACAAUAUUUGUUGGUAACCUGGAUCCCAAUGUCACGGAAGAAGAAUUGAAGCAAAUCUUUUUACAAUUUGGGGAGAUUAUGUAUGUCAAGAUCCCUGUGGGCAAAGGAUGUGGCUUCGUACAGUUUGGAAAUAGGACUUCUGCUGAAGAAGCCAUCCAAAGGAUGCAGGGAAAUAUGAUAGGUCAACAAGUUGUUCGCAUAUCUUGGGGUCGGAGCCCAACAGCAAAGCAGAUGACUAUAGUUUCUGACAAUAGUGGUGAACUUGUUAGCUUUUGGAUUUGGGGUUGUGCUUCACUGAUAGGCAUAAUCCUGUGGAUAAAUGCAACGUAUGGUCAGAAAAUAUUCAUGGACUUAUCUGGCGUCUGGGGUCAGCAAGUAGAUCCAAGUCAGUGGAGCGCUUAUUACGGAUACGGACAGGGCUAUGAUCCAUAUGCUUAUGGGGCUGCUCAAGAUCCAUCUUUAUAUGCAUAUGGUGCAUAUUCUGGUUAUGCGCAGUAUCCUCAGCAGGUUGAAGGUGUUCAAGAUAUGACGGCUAUGGCUGGUGCUCUGCCUGUUGUAGAGCAAAGAGAGGAGUCAUAUGACCCCUUGGCCACACCUGAUGUUGACAAGUUAAAUGCUGCUUAUCUUUCCAUUCAUGGAAGGGCGAUUUUAGGCCAACCCUUAUGGCUGAGAACCUCGUCACUUUCUCCACACGCUUAACCAUCUCCAUAAUUUAUUGGCUGAUGUUAUGACUUUCUGUCAUAUCUCAUCUGUGGCUGACGGUGGCAUGUAUUGAGUCCGUGACAAAGGGCUCAAGAAAAUGAGGAUAUGCUUCUGCUGGUUUGAUGUGCUUUCAGUUCAGCACAAAGGAAUAGUGCAGUCUAGAGAAAGUAGAAACAGAUUAUAUACUUCGUUUCGUGAGCAUGGAGCC